CACUACCACGUCAUGAUUAUAUUAGGCCACGACGUGUUUAGAAGCAUGCAUAACACUGUUGACGCUCGGUCGUGGAUGAUGUGGCUUUGUCUUGUGUUCUUGGUUUUGGUGCAACAAGGGCUAUGCCAAGCGUUUGAUACCGCUGAUAUUGACCGAGUUUCUGGUGCCGUGGGAGAGGGCUACAGUGCCAGGCAGGAUCUCUACACCAUCAGAGAAUCUAUUGGGCGUCUCGACAUAGACGUCACCAACUACUUCGUCGACACUGAAAAUUUCGAAGUAUCAGACAACUUUGUCGUCAAUUGGCAUCUGAAACCACACCGCAAUGUUACGAACGCGGCCACCCCAGGGGUAGAUGUCACGCCAACAAAAGGAUUUAUCGUAUUUGCAAAAGAAAAGAGCGUGCGAACCAUCACCCUCGACAUUGAGACGAAUGACGGGUUUGAAAAGGAUGAAACAUUCGUACUCCACCUGACUUCAGACGAGCAAACAGCGCUGCCCCAUCUGAAGGAAUUUACGACAGUAAAGAUCAUUCAAGACGAAACUUGUAAUGGCAUCUCAUGUACAGCGGAUGCAAUCUGUGGAAACUUGACAUGUGAUUGCAAAGAAAACUAUAUCGGCGAUCCACGGUUCACCUGUGUCGACCCAGGCAAGCACCACCUGUGCAUCGAGUACGGGGACCCCCAGAUCCAGCCCAUGGGGGGGCAUCCCUUCUACCUCUUGCUGCUGCCGUGUGAACACCGCAUCGUGGAGACGGAGACAGAGACCGGCUGCUCCAUCAUCAUAAACGGCGCCAGCACCGACGAAACCUAUGACUUGAGAGCGAAAACAAAGCUUGAAAUGCUAAACAUUACCAUUGUCAAGGACAAUCAGCUGACCUAUCUGGCCAUUAAUGAAAAUGGAACAGAGUUCUCUGACAAGAUCGCAAUGAAAUUUGCUCGCAAUGAUGAAGGAUUUCUUGAAAUAGCCCUCCCUGAGUGCGACGAUGCAAAAAUCAAGUUCCGGGAAGAAGAUGGCGCUGUUGUUGUUGAGCUCCCCAAACACACCUUCCUCCCGAUAGGGGCAUGCAUGCCAAGCGAUGCCCCCGAAGCCCCUGGCUCCAGUUACACAGUCAGAGAAGCAAGAGGAAAAGACCUUGUUGAAAUGUUUCUUCACAGCGUCCACGAAAUCCACUCCUUCUACCCACUAUGCAAGGACAUCAGCGCUACCUACAGCUCUUGUGAAUCGAAACACUUUCACGACAUGUCGAUAGUGUGCGGACAGUUUGCCUUCGGAGACAGUGGAGAAUGUUUGUCCAAGGGAAUGGAUCGCCAACAGUUUUUGUCCGUCAUCCACAGAUGCAUGGACGACAUAUGCAUCAACAACCUUCACCCCUGUGACGCCAUCAAAAAGUACAUAACUGCCACCAAUGCCCGCUGCGACAUCGACUACGUGUUGGAGGACUACGGUUGUCCGAAAUAAAACAACUACCACGUGCCAUACGUGCAAUAAAUGUUUACAUUAACACACUGA